GAAUCCUGUGUUUUCGAGCACCUCGACUCGACCCUGUCUCUCCCCCAGCGCGCGUGUUUACCUUUUUUUCUUCCGCUUUCGCGCUCUGUUGUUGCCGUCCCGAUCCAUAUCAAACGUUCAUUCGUGUUUGAAAUUCAGUCGAUUUAACAAUGGGCGUCAAUAAAUUCCUUGCAAUAGUUGUGCUAUUCACGGUGACAGUGGACGUUGUUCUGGCAUCAACUUAUCCCCUAAAAAACAAAAAUGAGAGCGAAUCCGAUGCACACGACGGAGACUUCCUUCACAGAGCGCCAUUAAUAAGCUCGUUUUUCAAGGUCAAAAAAAGAAACAUCAAGGAAUUGGGUAAUUUGUCGGUACCCGAAACAGAGAUGCUUCCAUCGACAAGGAAAGCUCUGGGAGGUCAAAGGCCACGAAACGGGAUGCGAACGGUUGGUAAACCGGAAGAAUCAAAAAAUGAAUGCAAUUCAACAGCUUGCAGUCAAGCAGCAUUUCGGAUCCAGAUGAAUAUGGACCCUGACGUCGACCCUUGCGAUAAUUUUUAUCGAUUUGCAUGCGGCGGCUUCCGGAACCGAACGGUCAUACCCAAAAAUGAAAGAAGCGUCAGCACGUACACCAUUAUUCAGGAUGAGAUAAACCAGCAAUUAAAAAGGAGCAUGGAGGCUGAAAGCGAACCCGGCGAACUCAAGUCUUUCAAACUUGUUAAAGCUUUCUAUAAGUCUUGUGUGAACGAAACUGCGAUCGAGGCCGAAGGAGUUAAACCUCUUCAAAAGAUUUUGAAGAAACUUGGUGGUUGGCCGGUUCUCGAUGGUGAUUUAUGGAACGCUGACGACUUCAAUUGGACAAGCUCUGUAUACAAAUUCCGGGAUGUUGGAUUCUCGGACCGUUAUUUCAUCAAUAUCGCGGUCGAACAAGAUCUAAGAAACAGAACAAAACGUGUUAUCUAUGUUUACGGACCAUGGCUGGCGGGACUAGGUCACAAAUAUCUGUUAAAGGGUUUCGAAGAUGAAUUCGUCGCCGCUUAUUACAGUUAUAUGGUCGACAUCGCCGUUGCUCUUGGUGCUCCGAAAGAUCGUGCGAUGAAAGAACUCAAAGAGUCAUUGGAUUUCGAAAUGAAACUUGCGAACAUUUCAACGGGGACAGAGGAAUAUCGUGAUACAACAUUCAGUCCAAUGACAAUUAAGGAACUGACGAAAAACUAUCCAAGUAUACCUUGGAAGGAAUACUUCAGCAGGUUGCUACCAGCAUCUGUCACCAUUGAAGAAGACGAAGUCGUAAUUGUCAGCCUACCGAAAUACUUCAGCGAUUUUGAGAAAUUGAUAACCGAGACUCCGAAAAGAGUUCAAGCAAACUACGUAAUGUGGAGGGCUGCCGAGAGCACUAGCAAAUUCCUGAACGAAGAUAUACGUGAAAGGCAGAUGGCCUACCGUAGAGCAACCAACAGAUACACGAUGCGCGAGUCAUUAAGAUGGAAAGAAUGCUUAAACGAAAUAUAUUUUUCAAAGCUCUCGAAGAGCCUUAACGCUAUGUGGGUGCGACAAUACUUCAACGAAGACGCUAAGAAAGAUGCAGCCGAAAUGAUUACGGAACUCAGAGAACAAGCCAUGAAAAUUUUGAAAACGGUCGACUGGAUAGACGAGAAAACACGUAGGAAGACCCUUGAGAAAAUAGCAUCGAUGUCCACUUAUAUUGCCUAUCCCGAUGAGUUGUUAGACGACGACAAGCUCGAGAAGCUUUACGAAAAUCUGGAAUUCUCCGAAGACAAUUAUUUUGAAAAUACUUGGAAUCUGUCUGCAUUCGAAAGAGAAUACUCGUUGAGUGAACUGCGCAAACCCGUCAAUUUUACCGAUUCGUUAUCCCUACAAAGCCCGACCUCAGUUAACGCGUAUUAUGCUCCUUUGACGAACAGUAUUCACGUUCUCGCUGGUAUUCUCCAAGGUGCUUUCUUCAAUAGCGAUCUGCCAAAAUACAUGAAUUACGGUAGCCUUGGAUCUACCAUCGGUCAUGAAAUAACUCAUGGACUCGAUGACGAAGGUCGGCUGUAUGAAGAAAAUGGGAAUCUCGUCGAUGAGUGGGAGCCAUCAACCAAAGAGAAUUAUCUCAAGCGCGCAUCGUGCAUAGUCGAUCAAUUCUCAAAUUAUACCGUCGAAGAGGUUGGCCUCAAAAUAAACGGUAUUAAGACGCAAUAUGAAAAUAUCGCGGACAUCGGCGGAUUCAAACAAGCAUACCUCGCAUACAAUAGUUGGGCUGAGAGAAAUGGACCGGAAGCAAAGCUGCCUGGAAUCAAUAGGACGCCGCAACAAAUGUUCUGGAUAAGCGCAGCGAACAGUUUGUGCUCGGUAUCCAGACCGGAGGAAUUGAAAAUCCUGAUGGCCAUAGACCCACAUAGCCCCUUAGAAUUCGAAAUAUUGGGUUCGUUUUCUAAUAUUCCUGAAUUCGGGAAAGAUUUCAAUUGCCCUCUGGGCUCCAAAAUGAACCCUGAGAAAAAAUGUUCCGUUUGGUAAAUCUCGUGACCUACGAGCUCGUCCGAUCGGGCUUGAAAAAGUUUUAAAAUGACAGGAUAGCAUUCGUUAAGGAUAUGUUCUAUCGUUCGAUUAAUUGGAACAUCAUGACGAUUUUGUGGAAAUAGAAGCAAAAGAAUUUUUGAACAACUUUUGAGCGAUAAACAAUUCUCUUUCGUUGAAGUUAAAUGACACUCGGCAAUGGCACAUUUAUAUCUCUACCAAAAACAUUUCUACCAGAAUUCAAUGCUACCGUAAACUACCCUACCAAAAUUCAUUGAUACCCUACGCAAUAAGAAAUUUAUGGGAUAGAAAUGUUUUCUGAUAGAAAUGUUACGGGCUAGAGAUUUUGGAUAAGAUUUAAGUUGGCAACCCGAAAUGUAACGUGGUAACGUUGCAAGUUCAACCGGAAGUCGCGUUUUCAAUGCUUUGACAAGUUCUAAAAAAUUCAGAUUUUCUUAUCACAUUCGGAAUGUCGGCAGGUAUGCUGUAACUUGCCUUUAUGGACAUUAUUGUUUCUCGUUGAGAUAUUAAGAAUUAUGAGUAGGUAAUUAUAUGUAUAACAAGACGCAAUUUAUUUUUUUUAUUUCUUGGUUUCAAAUUCGUCCAUAACCUUACAAUUUAUUACGAGUCUCCUGAUCUGUUUUAUCGUCAUUGGAUAAUUUAUCGAUCAAUUCCGCAUGAAAAAAUACUGUUAUUCUUUUGUACGUCCGUGGUUCUUGCACACACGAAAUAAAAAAAACUUUUAAACUUCCAA